GAGAGAGAGAGAGAUAAACCUCCUCCCUCCUCCGCCUCGUACACCUCCUUCUCCCACUUCUGCCUUCUCCGUCCACUCGUCUCUCCUGGUCUCCCAGCCGGCGGAGGCGGCAGAGAGGGAUUUCCUACCCGGGGUUGUGGAUGCUGGCUUUGGGGCUGCAGAGUCACAGAGACACUGAUAGUCUGUAGGGAAGUUGCAGGGAGAAGCAUCGGUGCAACAACAACCCUCAGCGGACUCCAAAAGAGUUGGUACAGAAUUCAGUUGUGGGAAAGUUUACUUUUUAGCCAGGCUCUACAUCCGUGGUCAUGCGUUCGGAUCGGACAGUCCGGGCUGGCCGGACAGCGCUGCUCCUGGCCGGGCUGCUCGUGAGUCUGUGGCAGCGCUGCUCUGCAAGUUGCCCGGAGAGAGAACUGGAGGACAGAGAGGAAGAGGCCAACAUAGUCCUGACCGGCACCGUGGACGAAAUCAUCAACAUGGACCCGGUGCACAACACCUACUCCUGCAAGGUACGAGUUUGGCGCUACUUGAAAGGCAAGACCAGUGUCAACCGUGAAAUCCUGCUGGAUGGUGGGAACAAGGUGAUGAUUGGCGGCUUUGGCAACCCCAGCAUUUGUGACAACCAAGUGGCCACGGGCGACACGCGCAUAUUUUUUCUCAACCCCGCCCCGGAGUUGAUGGGACCCGAACACAAGAACGAACUCAUGCUGAACUCAAGUCUGAUGAGGAUUACUCUGCGCAACCUGGAGGACGUGGAGCACUGUGUAGAAGACAAACCUCCUCACUUCUCACCAGUCCAGCCUCCUGAUGCUUGUAGGGGAAUGCUGUGUGGUUUUGGUGCAGUGUGUGAGAGCGAUCCAACCAACCGGGCCAAGGCUGAGUGCGUUUGCAAGAAAAUGGACUGUCCAUCCUUGGUGGCGCCGGUUUGUGGCUCAGAUUCAUCCACCUACUCCAAUGAGUGUGAACUGGAGAAAGCCCAAUGCAAGACACAGAGACGCAUCAAGGUGCUGCGCAAAGGACCGUGCUCUCUGAAAGACCCCUGCACUGAGGUGACCUGUAGCUACGGCAGCACCUGUGUCCAGUCAUCAGACGGCUUGUCGGCUAAAUGCAUGUGCCCCCUCAGCUGCGAGGGCAAGCCUGAGGAGACGGUGUGUGGCAGUGAUGGGAAAGACUACCGCAACGAGUGUGAGCUGUACGAGCACGCCUGCAAGAAACAGAAGAACAUACGGGUGCAACACCAAGGCCACUGUGACCCAUGUAGAGACAGUGAGAACAGUCUAAACACCCAGUGCAGAGUGGAGCCUCUCACCCGCCAACCACAGGUGUACAGCGUCCCGGGGUCAUGUCCCCCGGACAGUGAGCCUCUGUGUGCCAGUGAUGGUCAGACCUACACCAGUGAGUGUGCCAUGAUGGCAAUGAGCCUGCAGAAAGGAGUCAAGCUGAAGAAGAUCCACAAAGGAAAGUGCAGAAGACUUGAGGAAUGUAAAGAGGAGUGUCUUUUCAACGGUGUCUGUGUGGUGGAGCAGCUGAGCACCCGCUGUUCCUGUGACCCAAUCGAGUGUGACGGCAUCUACAAGCCCCUGUGUGGCAAGGACGGCCACACCUACAGCAACGACUGCAUGAGACGAAAGGCGGAGUGUGUGAGCAGGAGCCUCAUCCCCAUCAAGCAUCUGGGGCCCUGUGAUCUCAAUGUACCCAGCCCGUGUUUGGAAAAGGUGUGUGAUCACGGGGCAGUGUGCGUGGUGAAGAACAAUGAGCCGGUGUGCGAGUGCCCAGAGGCCUGUCUGCAAACGAACGACCCGGUGUGUGGAUCUGACGGCCACAGCUACGGCAGCCCGUGUGAGAUGCGAGCGAUGGGCUGUGCACUUCAAAAGGCCAUCCAUAUUCACCAUAAGGGACCCUGUGAUGAGUCUUGUGGCAACUGCUCUUUUGGAGCAAUCUGCGACGCUCAGAGCGGUCAGUGUGUGUGUGCGUCAGAGUGCGUGGAGUCCCAUCAGCCUGUGUGUGGCAGCGACGGCACCACCUACAACAGUGAGUGUGAGCUGCAUGUACGAGCCUGCAAAGAACAGAUGGACCUGCGGGUGGUCAGCCAAGGAGAGUGCAAAACAUGUGGCAGUACUGUUUGUGCCUGGGGCACUCGGUGUGUCAGGGAUAAGUGUGAGUGCCCACAGUGUUCAGGCGAGGCCUUCUCGCCAGUGUGUGGCACUGACGGCAUCACCUACGACAACAAGUGCGAACUCCGCCUGUCGUCCUGCAUGCAUAAGAAGAGAAUUGACGUGGCGAAGGCCGGCAGCUGUGAUGAAGACUGUGGCUCAGGAGGUUCAGGCUCCGGGUCGGAGAGCUGCGAGCAGGACCGCUGUCGUCUCUUUGGAGGCUCGUGGGAUGAAGAUGCAGAGGAGGAUCGCUGCGUUUGUGAUUUCAGCUGUCAAAGUGUUCCUCACAGCGUGGUUUGUGGUUCAGAUGGAAAGAACUACAGCAACGAGUGUGAGCUGAAGAAGGCCAGAUGUGAGAAACAGGAUCACUUGUUGAUUCAGAAUCAGGGACCAUGUGCAGUGAUUUCAGCCACAUCUCCUCCAGAGCUGACAGCACCCCAGCACUGCAGUCUGUCUGUGUACGGCUGCUGCUCUGACAACACGACAGCUGCCUUAGGAGUCGAAAUGGCUGGAUGUCCGAGUACCUGCCAGUGUAACAGCUAUGGAUCCUACAAAGGAACGUGUGACCCAGCCACUGGCCAGUGCUCCUGUAAACCAGGUGUCGGGGGGCAGAAGUGUGACCGCUGUGAGCCGGGAUUCUGGAACUUCAGGGGCAUUGUGACGGAGAACAUGAGCGGCUGCACACCGUGUAACUGUGACGCCAACGGCUCGGUCCGGGACGACUGUGAGCAGAUGUCUGGUCUGUGUUCCUGCAAGACAGGGGCGAAGGGCAUGAAGUGCAACGUGUGUCCAGAUGGAAGCAAAAUGGGCAUGAACGGCUGCGACAAAGGUCCUGAAGCUCCCACUUCAUGUGAAGAGUUAGUGUGCAGUUUUGGAGCUUCCUGCAUCGAGAUUAAUGGCCAAGCCCACUGCGAGUGCCCUCCACCUGACUGUGAUGAGAGAAACAAAACCAAGGUGUGUGGCUCAGACGGGGUGACCUAUGCCGACCAGUGCCAGCUGAGGACCAUAGCCUGCAGGCAAGACAAGGACAUCACAGUGCAGCACUUCGGACAGUGCACAGAAAUCAUCUCCGAGCUGACAGAACGACCCACCACCAACCCAUUCACCACCAUUCCCAGCUCAACUGUUGCCGCCGUCAUCACCACCACAGCCCGUUUGGUUCUAGACAAGGUGUGGGCCAUCCCGCCUCCGAGGACAACAAAACCAGAGACCAUAGAACAGCCCCCGACCGCCACCAUCUUCCCCACUCUCACUCACCACCGCACGGGGUCAACUCACAGGCCCAUCUUCACCAAGCCACUGCAGUCAACAGCCGCCUCCUCCACCAGCUCCUUCCACAGCAGCCCUCCACCCUCUGCUGCAGCGACCUCCUUUGAAGACUCUGGUAGUGGGGAGCCAAGCGGGGAUGACCAGACUGAAGAAGAGGAGGGGCCAGAAGAGGAAGCGGGUAGCGGUGUUCCAGUGGAGGCCAGUGGGGCGGAGCCUGUCGGUCCCACUGUGGCCAGCACUACAGUUGUCAAACCUGAAGAAAGGUCGUCCUGUGACAACACUGAGUUCGGCUGCUGUCCGGAUGAAAAGACACCAUCGAGCAGUCCAGACGGUGCCAACUGUCCCUCUACCAUGAAGUUCAGUGGAUUCCUGCACCUGGACCAAGUGGAGGGCCAGGAGAUCUUCUACACCCCAGAGAUGGAGGACCCAAAGUCUGAGCUGUUCGGAGAGACGGCCCGCAGCAUAGAGGGCGCUCUCAAUGACUUGUUCAGAAAGUCCGCGGUGCACAGAGACUUCAUGAGUGUCCGGGUCCGAAAUCUGGCUCCCAGCAACUCCAUCCUGGCCUUUGUGGAAGCUCACUUCAGACCAGAUACAAAAUACACAGUGGAGGACAUCGAAGGAGCCCUGCUGAAACAGCUGAAGGUCUCCAAAGACACAGGCAUCGCUGUGAAGAAGCCGGAGGAUGAGAAUAUUCGCUUCACCAAUUAUGGUCUCUCCUCUAUCCCCUUCUUCACCACCACCACCACCACCACUACGGCCUCCAUCACCACGGUCGCUCCCACCACCACACCUGCCACCACAGCUACAGCAGCAACAACAACAGCUGUACGCACCACCACAACUGCCGCACCGGUUACCACACCACCAACCACCACGGCAGCUGAAACGACAACUGAGCUGCCUCCAGUGACUACCAUCGCCCACUACAGGGGAAGAAUUCAUCACAAGCCCCAGAAGCCCUGUGACUCACACCCCUGUCUACAUGGAGGAACCUGUGAGGACAGUGGAAAUGACUUCAGUUGCAAGUGUCCGGCUGGACGAGGGGGCGCAGUGUGUGAAAAAGUCAUCAAGUAUUUCAUUCCGUCCUUCGGAGGCCAAUCCUAUUUGGCCUUCCCAACCAUGAGCGCCUACCACACUGUCCGCAUUGCCAUGGAGUUCAGAGUGUCCGAGUCCAACGGCAUCCUGCUCUAUAAUGGACAGGGAGGCAAGAAGGACUUCAUCUCCCUGGCUCUGGUCAAUGGCAGAGUGGAGCUGAAGUUCAACACCGGCUCCGGCACAGGGACUGUGGUCAGCAAGGUGCAAGUCAGCCAGGGCCGCUGGCAUCAGCUGGUGGUGACACGCAAUCGCCGAAAUGCCAUGCUGAGUGUAGACAAUGAGCCACACAUCGAAGGCCAGAGCCCCCAAGGCACUGAAGGCCUCAACCUGGACACUGACCUCUUCAUUGGAGGAGUGCCCGAGGAAAUUAAGCAGGAUGUCAAGGAAAGAAUAUCUGUGGACACAGGUCUGGUUGGCUGCAUCCGACUGCUGGACGUCAACAACCGAGUUCUUAACCUGCAGGAGAACGGUGGCCACAGUCUGUACGGCAGCGGUGUGGGUGAAUGUGGCAACAACCCCUGUCAGCCCAAUCCAUGUAAGAACAGCGGCUCAUGUGAGGUCAAAGAGGCUGAGAUGUUCCACUGCACUUGCAGCAAAGGAUUCUGGGGUCCAACUUGUGCUGAUGUCCAUGACCCUUGUGUGCCAAACCGAUGCCAUCCAUCCUCACAAUGCCAGGUGCUUCCAGAAGGGGGCUACAAAUGCGAGUGCCCCAUGGGUCGUGAAGGAAAACACUGUGAAAAAGUUACUGAGAGGAGAGGGGCUUACAUGCCACAAUUCAACAGAGACUCAUACCUGGAGCUGAAGGGACUUCAUCUCUACGGACAUGAUCUGCGCCAAAAGCUGAGUAUGACUGUGGUUCUCAUGGCCAACGACUCCAACGGCGUGAUCUUCUACAACGGCCAAAAGUCUGACGGUAAAGGAGACUUUAUCUCACUGGCUCUAAACAAUGGAAUCCUGGAGUUCCGCUAUGACCUGGGCAAGGGUCCUGCAAUCAUCCGGAGUAGAGAACCGCUCCAGCUACAUGUUUGGAACACCAUUAACCUGGAGCGCUCCAACCGCAAGGGAGAGAUCAUGGUCAACAAAAAGGACCCAGUCCAAGGGGAGGCGCCGAACCUGCACGUAGAUCUGAACCUAAAGGAGUCACUGUACGUCGGUGGAGCUCCUGACUACAGCCGCAUAGCACGAGCUGCGGCUCUCACCGACGGCUUCAAAGGAACCAUCCAGAAGAUCAUACUGAUGGGUACACCCAUCCUGAAAGAGGAGAACGCGCUGCGCUCCAGCAAUGUCGCCAUGUUCCAGGAACACCCGUGUGCCCAGGAGCCCUGCCACAAUGGAGGUCACUGCAACCCUCAUCUGGACACCUACGAGUGCGUCUGCCUCAGCGGUUUCUCAGGCGGACACUGUCAAAACACCAUUUAUGAGAAGUCUGCUGGAGAAACUGAGGCCAUCGCCUUUGACGGGAGGACGUUUAUCGAAUAUCACAAUGCUGUUACAAAGAGUGAAAAGGCUCUGCUGGUGAACAAGUUUGAGCUUAGCAUCCGGACAGAGGCCACUCAGGGCCUGGUGCUGUGGAGCGGGAAAGGGGUGGAGAGGUCAGACUACAUCGCUCUGGCCAUCGUGGACGGACGUGUCCAGAUGACGUACGAUCUGGGUUCCAAGCCUGUGGUGCUGCGCUCCUCCGUGCGAGUCGACACCAACCGCUGGAUUCGCAUCAAGGCCAGCAGAGCACUGAGAGACGGCUCUCUUCAGGUCGGCAACGAAGCAGCAGUAACAGGAUCAUCGCCUCUGGCAGCAACGCAGCUGGACACGGACGGCGCACUCUGGUUGGGUGGUCUGGAGGAGCUGGCCGUCACCCGUCGGUUGACCAAGGCCUACAGCACUGGGUUUGUUGGCUGCAUCAAAGAUGUGGUGGUGGAUGGCGUGGAGCUCCACCUGGUGGAGGACGCCUUAAACAGCCCCAGAAUACUACAGUGUCCUGCCGCCAAAUAACCCAGCAAAGACAAAACCUAGAGAAUAUUGGAGAAAAAGAAAAAAAGAAGAAGAAGAAAAUCCCUCCCAACACCUGCUCCCACCAUAGCGCUCAUGUCUCCUGCUGUAAUUAUUUUCUAUUUUUGUAUACUUUUCAUCGCUUUUUACAUGGAAAGAUAAUUAAUGUUUCAAUUCUUUUGGGGUUUGUUUUUUUGUAUGUUGUUUCUUCAUUGUUUUUAAAUCUGCACCUCUGUUCACAGAACACACAUCCUUCUUUGUCUUUUUUUACCCUGGGUCUUUAUAUCAUCUCUGUGACAAGGAGAUUUUUUAUUUUUUUUUACUUGAUUUAAUUUUAUUUUUAAUGUCCAUUCUGUUUUGUUUUAUUUUCCUCACUUGUGACUUGAACACUGGCGGACCCUUCUGGUGAUCUCUGUUCAGAGCCAUAUCUCUCGUCCACAUUCCCCGCACUAAGCAUGGCCGAUACAUCCUUGACUGUAUGAAUCACAUUCCACGUGAAAGCAGGACGCUGAGAACAUGUUUUCUAGGAGCAGCCGGCUGACGUCUACUAUCACCUCACCAUCGCCCUCCAUAUUUAAGCAAUUUGACUUUUAACACAUCAGUCAAGCUACUACGGUGGGAUGGGGGGGGGGGGG